GAGUGGGAUAAACUCGCUAAAUGGGCGAUCACUCAUGAUGUAUGGAGUCCGAAUGUGAGAUGGCUCAUUCAAAUUCCUCGCCUUUAUGCGCUAACAUAUCGCCGAUAUUUUAGUGAUAUCUACAAGUCCAAAAACAUGGUGAAGAACUUCGACGAGCUUCUCGACAAUGUGUUCACACCACUUUUUGAGGCCACAAAUGACCCGUCGUCACAUCCAGAUCUCUAUCGAUUCCUUCAACAAGUCUCCGGUAUAGAUUCAGUCGAUGACGAAAGCAAGCACGAAUUUGUUCAUUUUGACCGAUCAACACCAAGCCCUGAGAACUAUAAGGAUGCAGAAAAUCCUCCAUAUAAUUAUUAUCUGUUCUAUAUGUACGCCAAUCUUACGGCGUUGAAUGCUUUUAGA